UUGUUAAUAAUAAGUGAUCUAAUUGUUAGAUCCAAUGUUUACAAUACAUUCAUAUCAAGUGUUUAAUUAAAUUAAUAAUAAAUAUAAUAUUUAUUUGUUAUUCAUAUUAAGUUUUAGCACAUAUUUCUUGUUUAACUAACACAAUGUCCAGCAAAAAGCACAAGAAGUUGAAGAAUGAGACCGAAAACCGGACAAAAGUCAAGAAAAAAGACAAACAUAGAGACAAAGUUAAAGAUAAGACAUCAAAGGAUAAGAAAAAUAAAAUAAAUUUGAAGACAAUAACAACAACAGAUAAAACAGUUGAUAAUGUGAUCAGUGAUGUCGAAAGCUUACCGAGUGAUGUGAUCGAUGAUUUGGUGGACAUCAGCGACAAUGAAGACUACAAAACAGACAAUUGGAUAACCGAUGAAAUCAAUAAUAAUAAGUUAAGUGAUGCACCACUUCAUCAAUUGUUUCCAAGAUUACGUUAUUUAGCCAAAGACGACAUCGAAACAGCCAAACGUAAAGGUAUAGAGAUUAAGACCGGAAUAUUCUCCAAACAAGAGAAGAGUAUAAUGACAGCCAACUGGAAUCAGUUCAUCAAAGACUUUCCAGUCGACAAUCCGUAUCUAUUUAUCGGUGUUUUCAGAUAUGUUAAAGAGUCGCAAGAUAUGGAUAGCAAUGAACGACAAAGAGCUCAACAGAUCGCCAAAGUUGGACAGCUUUGGCUUCGUUUGGCUAAAGGAUUGCCGAAUCGGCCGCUGUGUCUCAUCUAUAGGCGUGCGUUGCGGAUGUUUUCGGGACUGAAAAAGUCGAAAAACUUGACGGAUGAGGACAGACAACAUAUACUUGAUAUGCAUAGCAAUGGUAUGAAAAUUAGUGACAUUGCUUACAGAAUAUUUUGCGAACCAAAGACUGUCACUGAGAUUAUCCGCAAUAAUGUCAACACAACGACUGGCGAUAAACUGGUAAAGCGCUGGAAUGACAGUGAAAAUAAACGGUUUAUCAAAACAAUCAAAGAAGUUAUGAAAGAAGACAACAUUAAUGAGUAUAACUAUAAUGAUAUUCCUUGGGGUAAAGUGGCGCACAAAAUGAAGAACAGAUCCAUUACUCAGUGUAGAAAUCAUUUUAAGUCAAGAAUUAUAUAUCUAAUGUUGAAUCCAGACUUCGAUGGCAUCAAAAACUGGUCACUCUUAGAGACCAAACGUCUUAUUUAUGGUUUAUAUAAAGAAAACUAUGAAAAUGAAUGCGAUAUCGAUUGGGAUUACUUUAAGGAAAAAUUUUCACAUGUCUCUAUAUUUGGUGAGAUUUGUCGUAAUUGGCGAACACUUAAGUACACUAAUCGCGAGUACCAACUAAUGACACACAAACAGAAUGUUGAAUAUCUUUAUAAUAAAUAUAUCGCAAAUAACGAUAUCGAAGAAUUGGAACAGUUCUGGAAAGACAAUGUCGACGACUAAUUAAGAUUCAUUUAUUUGUCAUAUGUUUUAAUU